AUGGCAACCCACAUCCCCCCCACACUCUCCCCCGACGCAAUCGACACCCUAACCGAACUGACCGUAAUCCUCGCCAAAUUCCGCGCCACCCAAGCCUCCGCCCGCCAGGCUGCCGCUUCUGGCUCUGGCUCUGCUUCUGCCGGCGGCGGCGGUGGUCCAUCAUCCUCCCUCACCGGCACCGGCGCCGGUGGUCCCAACGCCUCCUCCACACCAGCCCCCGGCGCUGUCACCGGUACUACUCCGCUCCCGAUCCCUACUUCCCACCCGGGAGGCUCCUCCGCGACAGCAGACGGGUCGGUGUUUAAUGCGAAAGACGUGCCUCAGGCGACAGACAAUUUGAAGCACAAGUUGCAGAGGGCCAGACAGGCGAUUUUGGCGCUGCCGGAUAUUGGGAGGACGAUUGCGCAACAGGAGGUGGAGAUCAAGGAGCUGGAGGAGCGGAAGAGGAAGCAGAUGGAGAUGUUGGCGAGGAUACGCGAGGAGGGAUUGCAGUUUGCGAGGUUAGAGCAGAGUAGAGCGGAUGAGGAGGGAGAGAGGAUGGUUGAGUAG